AGUAUUUCUCUUCAUUUCAAAUCCCUGUCGUGGCAGCACGGGUAAGGCAGAGGACUUUUCUCCCCCCUUCAAACUAAGGGGAAAACCCACCACCAAGAGCCUAGUGCACGUUCUAAACAGCAAACCGAGGACUUUUAGGAGGAGGGAACAUUAGUUUGAAGGCACGCUGCGGUGGUAUCGGUUCACUGUGUGCACUAGUGUCUCCACUCUUGCAUUGGAUACACGAAGCAGGACGUUUUCACUUAUCUGCGACGCCGACUCGCAGGAACCCCGCGAUCUCCCUGAAACCCGCCAAACAUUCACACGGUUGACGGCCUACAGUUCCAGCGAUCCCAGGCUUGGGGAAAUUAUUAACCAGAAACCAAGCACAACAGGACACUGACCUCAUUAUAUAUUGCUGCAUUAUCACUGGGCAUCUGGGCUGGAGAGUGAGGCGGGCUUGGUUUGCGAGCUUCGCUCCAAAGCCGUCCGAUGACUGUCUGACUCAUCACAACCCGCGAAUGACAGGCGAGCAUUCGAGGGUGGGGCCCGCCUCAGUCUCACAUGAUUGGCCGCUGGAUGGAAAUAAGGUGAAUGGAACACAUGCCCAAGGAGCAAGACCCAAACCAAUCAGAGGGAGAAGAGAAACGGUGGCUCGAUGGCCCGAAAAGGAAGAGAAAGAACAGCCAGUGUUCGGUGAAGAGCAUGUCUGGGUACAUCCCCAGCUAUCUGGAGAAGGAUGAGCCAUGUGUGGUGUGUGGAGACAAAGCUACAGGCUACCACUACCGCUGCAUCACCUGUGAGGGCUGUAAGGGAUUCUUCAGACGCACCAUCCAGAAGAACCUCCACCCCUCUUACUCCUGUAAAUACGAUGGCUGCUGCAUUAUCGACAAAAUCACCCGCAACCAGUGCCAGCUGUGCCGCUUCAAGAAAUGCAUCGCUGUCGGCAUGGCCAUGGAUCUGGUUCUGGACGAUUCCAAACGGGUUGCGAAGCGACGCUUGAUUGAGGAGAACCGUGAGAAGCGGAAGAAGGAGGAGAUGGUCAAGACCCUGCAGAACCGGCCAGAACCCACCAGCUCAGAGUGGGAGCUGAUCCGUAUGGUGACAGAAGCUCACCGCCACACCAAUGCACAGGGCUCUCACUGGAAACAGAAACGCAAGUUCCUGCCGGAAGACAUCGGACAGUCUCCGGUGGUUCCCACAUCAGAUGGUGACAAAGUGGAUUUGGAGGCCUUCAGCGAGUUUACCAAGAUCAUCACCCCAGCCAUCACACGUGUUGUUGACUUUGCCAAAAAACUGCCCAUGUUUUCAGAGCUGCCUUGUGAGGAUCAGAUCAUCCUGCUGAAGGGCUGCUGUAUGGAGAUUAUGUCCCUACGAGCCGCUGUUCGAUACGACCCAGAAAGCGAGACCCUGACCCUGAGCGGAGAGAUGGCCGUCAAACGAGAGCAGCUCAAGAAUGGAGGGCUGGGCGUUGUGUCUGACGCCAUCUUUGACUUGGGCAAGAGUCUGGCUCAGUUCACCCUGGAUGACACAGAGGUGGCCCUGCUGCAGGCCGUCCUGCUCAUGAGCUCAGAUCGAACAGGCCUGACGUCCGUGGAGAAGAUCGAGAAGUGCCAGGAGAUGUACCUCUUAGCGUUCGAACACUACAUCAACUAUCGCAAGCACAACAUUCCUCAUUUCUGGCCCAAGCUGCUGAUGAAGGUGACUGACCUGCGCAUGAUCGGAGCCUGCCACGCCAGCCGCUUCCUGCACAUGAAGGUGGAAUGCCCCACUGAACUCUUCCCCCCACUUUUCCUGGAGGUCUUUGAGGAUCAGGACGUGUGACGCCGCGGCAGGAGAAUCAGGAACGUUUCAUAACCAGUGUUUCUCUCCCCGUCUCACUCCCCGUCCGUGCACCAAACUCACCAGCAGCAGCUGCAUUGGCAGGGGUCAUCUUCAGAAAGGCUUUCAUAUGGGAAGGGGUGGUUAAUUCAACAACUUUUUUGGGGGGGGUUUGGCUUUUUGGCAGAACACUCAGCCCUCCCUCAUCCACUAAACUCCCCAUGCGUGGCCCUUCUGUCUCGGCAUGAUGUCUUAUACUGGUUUAUCAACACCUUAGACAGAAUAUAUAUCUAUACACACACACACACACGUAUGUUAUGAGGUGCAGUACCUAUACGAGUCGAAUUCUUCGAUGAGCUUGUAUGCAUUUGUACACGUAGAGUCACGCCACCACUGAAGGUGCCCUCUUCUAAGACUGGAUGGCAGCUGGCAUGACCUCUACCAGGUCGUGAAGUGGUCAGUUGAUUUCAGUCAUCGAAAUCUCAGCUUUUUUGUGAGAUUAAUCGCCGGUAUCUUAUGUUCUCACGCCGUAGCUGCGCCAGGCUCUGGGCUAAUGUGGAGCUUCUUUAAUAGACCUCAUGAUUCUCUUUGAUAUUGAGCCGGUGUGUGGAGCGGGAAGACAUUUUUAAACCAAAUCAGGUGCUAUAUUUAAAUAAAGCUACUCAAAAUGAUUUGGGACCUUGCCCCCUCCCUUCACUGUAGGACACGUUCAAAUGCUCUCGGUAGCCAUUUGAGUGCUGAUUCAGGGGUGCCUCUCACUGACUUUUCAAGAACUGACUUUGUUUUUGUUCUUGCCAUUUUCUGGGCUUAUUUGAGGGCUACUUUUCCCCCUCUUUGUCCCAUGAAAGUCACACAGAGUUGGAAAUGCAGCCGCCCCACACCUCCGAUCCACGCUGAUUUGUGUUUUACAGGUGUUGGGAGGGAGACAGUAUUACCAUACUCCCACACACACACACAAACGUACUAAAACACACACCUCAAAACUCGAAUGCCUCAUUUUACUGUAUGCACUGCAGUGCUGUAGUUCUGGACUCCCAUGCAGGGCUUUGAGAGUUCAGUCCAGCCCAUCUGUGUUCCGCUCAGAUGCUACUGUUGCCCGGUCUGUGCGAACACACGCGCACACUCCUAAAGGCCCAUGGCGGAUUGGCUGUUGUCGAUGUUUUUUUUUCCUUGUGUUGUUUUAAUUUUACCUCAAAUGUGGGCACACCUUUGGCUGGCUGUGGCUCCAUGACUGCCUCUGUGCGGACAGGUUUCUACCUCACCUCUGGACACAGGGCAGCUACCCUCAGCCACACACACCUACACACACUCGUACUCUCACACACUGACAGCCAGGAAAUAAACAGUUUCUUCUCAGUUAUGUUGAAAUACCACUGUAGACAGGAGGGCCUGCCAUUCCUCAUCGUAGCCUCGUUAAAAAGAAGAAAAAAAAUCUGUAUGGGCUUUUUUUUAUUUUCUUGUUUUUAUUUUCAUGUGGGACCAAGUGUCACUUUGAUUUCCGUCACAACGGAAGCUAGUUUUCAACAGUCGGCGAACUAAACCGCACACACCGAUGACUACGAAGAGGAGCCAUGGAGAGAACUACAGAUGAAGGACCCAAGGUGGCCAGGCUUCAACCAAAUGGGUCUAUCGCUGUUUCCUUUUCAAUACCAAGCAGUAAUUUGCAAAACGGAGCGAGGGUUCGGCUGGUUUCUUCAGCGUGGGGCAAGGGACGCCGCGAAGCUAGCUAGCACUUGAAUGAGAGCACUUAGCUUUGAAAGAGCCAAAUCUUCGGAGACGUUUCAAACCCUGGCACCUUUUACGUUUUUGCACUAAGGCAUGAUGGGUCCAGCCCUCCCGCUCCUCCAGCUCAGUUGCAUGUUUUCCGUGGACAUGCCCUCAACCUCUCUGUCAAACAGAGGCCACACCUCCAUGUGCUCCUGAGCACACCCUCAGAGUCAGUAUUAAGUCUAGCAAUGUCUCGGUCUCGUUCUUUCUCAGUAACGAUUGAUGGAGCACUUACACAUUCACAAAUGGACCGUUGUCCGCACGUUCUCAAAGCCAGAAGUGGCAUGAGAUAAAGGAGUGGCUGAAGUCAUGCAAAGAAUGGCAGCACCGAAUGAAUGUGAAUGUAGAGCAGCAGAAAGAAAGAGCCAGAAUGAGGAGUCGCUCUUUAAGGAGGUUCCGAAGGAAGGCAGCCAAUCAGAACGAGAGGAACUGUCAGCAUUCCCGUAAAGGGCCGGAAUGGAAUUCUUGGAAUACGAGCGAUGCCGCAGCGGUUCCGAUUGGUUGGUUGAGUGAGCACAGGGCUUUGAUGCUGCUUUACCUUCUAAUUUUAUUUGAGAAAGGUAUAAAAAAAAGAUAUAUAAGAAAAUAAUUACAAACCCAGAAAACAAAUAAAAAAAAAUGACUCAAGAACAAAGAGUUCAAAUCUCGGAGCUUGAGCUGUUCGUUUCUUUCUUUUUUUUGUUUUGUUUUUGAACUGAAAUGUGUGUGUUCGUUUUCGAUUCUUAACUGCUUUACGUAAGAGAGAAAAACAACAGCCGUAGUCACUUUUUGACCAUGCGUGCAGUGUAAACUAGAGAAGUUCACCUCUUUUUUCACCUCACUAUAGUUUGUAAUGAUAAGUCGACUGCUCUGUUUGUCUGUGUUUCUGUCCUUCAUCUUUUUAUCAAGAGGAAUUUACAACAAGAAACAGGAAUAUUUUCUUUUUAUAUUUUUCGUUUUGUUUGUUUUUUUAUGAAAGAAGACUUAGGAAAAAAUGCAACAGAAACUGAGAAAAAAAAAAACU